UUAGGGGAUUGGUAUCGUGACGGUUAUAUUGGCUUGCCGAAAAAUUGGAAGAAGUCCGUGAAGCUCUACCGUCGCGCCGUGGAGCUUGGAAACGUGCGCGCGAUGAAUGCGCUUGGGUAUGCUUACGAAAAAGGCGCGGGUGUCAAGGUUGACAAUAGGAAGGCGAUGCAGCUGUAUCGUAUGGCAGCGACCCGAAACGACGCGGUGGCGCAGAGCAAUCUCGCGGUGCACCUGAUUAAUGAGGGAACCGCGGCGGCGGCGGAGGAAGCUAUUCACUUCUUCCAGCUUUCGGCGGAGCAAGGAUUCGCGACUGCCAUGGUUAUGUUGGGCAGGGUCUAUGAGAUGCCCGCUGAUAUCCCAGGAGUUGCUUUACUAUUCAGGGAUGCCGAUCUCGACAAAGCCAGACACUGGUACUCCCGUGCGGCCGCGGUUCGCCCUAGCGCUUCCGGCUACAAAGGCCGGGAUCAGGGGAGAGAGGCCCUCGCGCGCAUGAACGCGCGAUGA